AUGCUAUGCCAUGCGGUGCACAACAUCGUGUUGUACCCGGAGAAGCACGCGUGGUGCAAGCUGACGCCGAUCCGGCAGAUCGUCACGGGAUCCGGAUGCGGGAACGUGGAGCUGGAGAACAACGUGUGCGUGGGAACGUGUUUCAGUUACACCGUUCCUCAGACGAUCCCGAAGAGCCCGGCCGACGACCUCCUCCACUACUGUGAUUCCUGCCAGCCUUCCGAGUACUACUGGAAAUCCGUGUAUCUGGAGUGCGAGGAGGGAAACAAGAAGAAGGAAGAGAGGAAGGUGCAGAUCAUCACCGGAUGCGGGUGCUCCGGGUGCUCGGAGCCGCCCCUGAACGCCUUCGACCUGGACGAUCUCGAUCCCUCGCACAACGACGUCGCCCUUCGGACUCCCGCCAAGGGAGACCGAGAUCGAAACCGAGACGAGGAAGGGGAAGACGCGGACGGAGACGAAAGGGUGGAAGUCGAAGGAGGGAGCGAGGCGGAAGGAGGAGAAGACGAAGGAGAAGGAGGCGGAGGAGACGAAGUCGGGAACACGACUCUGGGACCGGACCUGUUGAAGGACGUGGUGGAUCGAGAGCGGCCGUCGAUGAGCGAGCGGCAACGGGACGAUCUGCGACGCUUGCACCUCGACGCCUUCCGACUCGGCUCGGAAUUCGCAUCCGGUCUCCACCGCGACCCGGACCCGGAAGACGAACGAGAACCUCCGACCGACGGCGGCGGGAACGAGAUCGGCGAAUCCCCUUGAAUCUUUCCGGCUGCCGUCCUCCCGGCGGCAGCGAUCGAACUCGAGAAAAGGGUCCACCUCUUUCGCAUCGUUGCCUUCGACGGGUCGGCCGACGCGCGGGAGCCGGUCGCAGGGCUCGAUCCCGUCACCGAGUACAAAGCCUUCUUCUCGCCGAAAGAUCGUCUAUUUUCCUUCCAAUAAAUCCGUCCCGGUGUGCGAUGAGA